GGGAGCAGAUUGGUGCCCUGACAGAACUCGACAAAGUCAACCGGACAAAGAUCAGCGACCUCGAGUCCAAGUUGGCCAGCCUGCAGAGUGCUGACGAAUGAGCGACAGAGGCUGGCUAAGGAGCUCGACCAGAUCACAAAGGAGCGCAAGGUUGUCGAAGGUCAGCUCGAGCGUAGCAACCAGAAGCUCAAGAUCGACAUUCGAGGCUCUUAAAUCCAAGCAGGCUGAGCUAGAGACCCAAGGGCAGACCGCUGAUGCCUUGGCAGAGAAGCUGUGUGGCCUGAUUGGUAAUGAAGCUGAAGACCUGACCGCAAACGAGAAUCUGGCAACGCUGCGGGCACUGCUUGUUGAAAAGUGCGGCCUACCUGAGGGAUUUGCCAGUGCUAGCGAGCUUGAAGCGGCCAAGAAGGAUGCUGAAGAAAUCGGUGCCCGACUGGAAGAGGCCAAGAAAACGCAGGAUUCGCUCGAGCUGGAUCUGGCCAAGGCCAAAGAGCAGUACCACCAGCUUGGCGAGGAGAAGGACAAGGCAGUCAGCGACCUGAAUGCUACCCUCCAGGCCAAGGAUGAUGCGGUCCAGGCAGGCCGAAUCCAAAGCAAACGAAUUGUCAGGCCAGAUUGAGUCUCUGAAGAGCGAUCACGACACAAAGGCGAAGGCUGUGGAGGAGCUGAGCCAAAAGCUUGAAGCCGAAGCUCGGGCGA